AUGACCUCAAGUGCUGAAGUGCCCAUGCCAGCCUUGGAAACCAUCACAGACUCGAAAGACUUCCAGGAGCCUACGAGGAAACCCAAGUUGUCCAAGCGUGCCCAGGGAUCGAAAGAUGCUGCCACCUUCAUAGAGAAGUUCGAGGACUUGCUCAACAAACAGUAUUCCCCCCAGAAUGUAAAUGGGCUGGUGAACUUCGGUGUAGCCGAGAAUACCCUUAUGCAAGUUGAGUUGAAGGAGUAUUUCAACUCUCACUUAAACUUGCAAGAUCUGGACUUCACCUAUGGUGACUCAUGCGCCGGGUCGAAGAGGCUCUUUGACGCCGUAAUUCGUCUCUUUGAUCGAUAUUUCAAGCCGGUCAAAAAGAUGCUGCACGAACACAUCAUCUGCGGGGCAGGUCAGAGCGCGAUUCUAGACCAGCUCACGCAUGUACUGUGUGACGAGGGCGAAGCUAUCUUAGUGGCUCGGCCAUUCUACAGUGGCUUCAUAAACGAUAUUUCUGGCCGCGCAGGUUGUCGCUUGAUCGGCGUUGACGUUGGCACGCAAGAUCCGUCCUCCACUCAGACUCUCAAAGCUUUCGACGCCACGAUGGAGACCCUACUGAACUCGGACCCACCCAUUCGGCCACGCGCUGUGAUCCUGUGUAACCCCAAUAACCCGCUAGGCUUCAACUACCCGCGGGAGACGCUCCUCGCGUACUGUGAGUUCGCGCAGAAAUGGGACUUGCACCUGCUGAGCGAUGAGAUAUACGCGCUGAGUCAGUUCGAGAACGCCGAGAAGGAGAGGGAGGGGACGAAGAGGAGUUUCGUGAGCAUGCUAAAUGUAGAUAUUGAGAAGGAGACGAGGUGUGAGCCGAGUAGGGUGCAUGUGCUGUAUGGGAUGAGCAAGGAUUUUUGUGCGAAUGGGCUUAGACUGGGGGUCAUGGUUACGCAACACAACCCGGAGCUGCGAAAGACAUUGCUGGGUAUUUCGCUGCUCAUGAAGGUGUCUUCACCUGCAGAUGCACUCUGGUCUGGGCUGUUGAACGAUGAUCAGAUGCUCGAGUACUUUAUCACAACUAACCAGAAGAAGCUGGGCGACACCUUGAAACACUGUCAAAUAUUUUUCAGCAAGUAUGGCAUACCUCUCCUACAACCGGAAGCUGCACACUUCAUAUUUAUGGACCUGCGCGGCUACCUACGGGAGGUUACCGACUCGGGUGAGAAACUACAGACCGGUGUAGAACAGGAGACAGAUCUGUUCUAUUCAUUUGUGCAAAACGGCGUAUAUGUGGCCCCUGCAACGGGCUACGGGUAUCCCAUCCCUGGAUGGUUCCGAUUCACGUUCUGCAUGAGGCGAGAUUAUCUGGACAUCGGCCUUGAGCGGAUGGCGAAAGUUCUGAAUAUCAGGAAAAAGAAAUAG